AUGGCUCCUAGGGGGUUGUGUCAUGGCUGUUGGGAUGAGGGACAUGCAUGGCAGCGAUGUCCUCACCGACCUAAGGGAGGCAUUCCGGCAUUCUUACAGCGGGGGGGUCGUGGGUCCAACGGCAAGGCACAGGUGGCAAAUGAGGAGGAGCAGGAUGACAAGGCAGAGGUAGCGGUUGGAAAGGCAGUUGCAGCAGUAGGAGGGGAACAGCCGCGAGAGGGGUGGUGGAUUGACAGUGGAGCCAGCCACAACUUUACUCCUUAUGCAUCCCACUUCAAGAGUAAGCUCGAGCCACCUGAGUUUCGGGGAGUUAGAUUGGGAGAUGGACUGGUGGUGAAAGCUGUUGGCAUGGGUGAGGUGCCAGUGGUUGGUGCUGAAGAUACACCGCGGCAGAAUGGGGCCGUGGAGAGGUGGCACAGGACGAUGGCAGAGGGGAUUCGCACAUUGUUGGUCGACAGUGGUCUCCCUGCUCGCUUGUGGGGUGAAGCAUUGAUGUGGGUCGUGUGGGUUAAGAACAGGGUCACCCACAAUGCUUUGCCUGCCUCCAUCACACCGAUGGAGGCGUGGUCCGGCCAGAAGCCGCAUGUGGGCAUGGCUCGGAUUUGGGGUUGCAUGGGAAGUGUCAUGCUGCAUGGGCAUGAGAAGGGUGGCAAGCUUGAUGCACGGGCUGUCAUGUGUGUCUGUGUUGGGGUGGACAUGGAGAGCAAGGGUUGGCGCAUGCUGGACCCUUCUCUCAUGCGCAUUCGCAUUGCUCGGGAUGUUGAUUUUCUUGAGAAUGUGAUGUGGAAGGAUUGGGACAAGGCAAAGGGAUUUGGGGAGCUUCUACAGGAUGCAGCUGAGAUUUCCCAACUCCUCCCUCUUCCACUCUCGCCACCCUCAGCAACGGUUGACGACGCUGAGAUGCCACCUUCAUCACCACCACCGGCACCGCUGAGUGUGUCGGUGCAGCAGCAGCCCACCCCUCUGCAGCAGCUCAGUGGCCCCUCGGUCAUUCAACGGCGAUCCGCUACACAUGCUACUUCCUCUUCCUCCUCCUCUGGUCAGCGCUCUGUCCCUCUCUCUACGGGUGCACCUACGUCACCAGCGACUACCUCCCCACCACCGGUUACGGGUUUGCAGGUGCUUGGUAUCCAGUCUGGUACAGGUGGUGAGGAGGUAGGGGGGGAUGCUGGUGUGGUUGAGGGCAUGCUGUGUUUGGCCAGGGAGGUGGAGGGUGUUGCACUACCAGGUGUGAGCACCGGUGAUGUCCCGCGCACACUCGCUGAGGCACUGCGUGCCCCUGAGGGCCCUGCGUGGAAGGCAGGCACUGAGAAGGAGGUGAAUGCAAUGCGAACUAUGGAUGUAUGA